UGGACCACCAGUAUCACACUAUAAAGUUUGCUUCUUCCCCUUCUUCCUAUUAUUCUGCACCUACUCUCAACCGUCACGACACACCUUUCUCUUGCUGAUAGGUAGUAUCGAACAAAUAUUAUGUCGCUCUACAAGACAAUGCGCUGUCGCUAUUUUGACGAGCAUGGUAAGGGCGUAAAACCAUUCUGCAACCAAGGGAGCCGUUGUCGGUUUAUUCAUCCAUCUGAUCUUCAAUGGGACAAAGGCCGCGUCAACCCCGAAAAGUCUUCCUAUAAUGAUACCAAAUGUGAAAAAUCCAAGGCCAAACCGAAACACAAGCCAAAAGCGUCGUCGACAAGUCCAUUACCACGAGGCCCGCGUUCAUCGCCGCUCGUGCCCCAGUCCGACUUGUUCAGGCGAAAUCAUGGCGAGCUCGAUAGAGAGCGCGGCCGCGACCAUGAAGUAAAACCUAUUCAACGUGAUCGCCGCGACAGGGACUUCGAAUCUUGGGAACGCUACGUGCGUGAGCGCGAUCGCUCCAGGGAUGUCCGCCGGUCUUCCCGGGAGCGGGCUGACGAAGAGAGGGGAUCAUAUCCUUCAAAGCGCUCUAAGAAAACUGAGGGGCAUGUAAUCCGGUCCUCAGUUAUGGACUCGGGUGACAAUCCCGAGAGCGGCAGUCGCCACGGAAAAGACCGUCCAGAUGCGUCGCAGGUGACACCAGGAAAUCUGUCUUUUCAAUCGAGAGAUGACAAAAAGAGGUCCAUAGAAGCCGUUGGCGAGUUCUCUAGUCGUCUUGCAAAGUUGUGCAGCCAGCUGGUUCAAGAUUCAUGUCAGCUUGACAAGGAAGAAGGCAAAUUGAAGGCGUUUACGGAGUUGUCGACCGAGCUUUCUAAAGCUGCGCCGUCGACUGCGAUGGCGGUGACCCCUGCCUUGGCAGCUGUCAUAACGAGUCACGCGAAAUCCAAAGAGCGCGUGGCAGCGCGCGUUAGAGAACUGGAUUCCCUGUGGGAGAGCAUGCUCUCAAAUGUUGUGACGACCAUCGUCAAAACGAUAGAUAUCAACUUGGAGCGCGCCAUCGCAUUGUUGCGUGAGGAAACGGAUGCGGCUCUGCAGUCAUAUGUUCGAUCUUACAGCCCACUCUUGCUCAAACGGAAGGUACAGGACCAAUCCUGGGUGGAGAUAGGCGAGCCAUUGGAGUUGAAGGAUACUUCAGUUGGUGACGAUGGAGAUAAUGGAGCAGCAGCCGCUGAACAUGGGCACAAGGCAUUGUCGCGAUCGCCAGAUUUGAAACGUCGUCGGGUGGAAUCAUCCGCGCCGACAGCGGUUCCUGUAAAGGAGGAAACUGUUGACUAUAGAGGUUUGCUGGAGACGAUGAAGUCGUCCUUGGCUAUGCAAACGCGAACCCUAGAACUGCUUGCCAAGGAAAAACAACUGGUAGGUGGAGUCAUCGGUAUGAGGCAGAUUAUCGCAUGACAUCAAUCACAUCCGCCCGCCGAGAUUCUUCUGCUGAACGGACCACCGCGAUGGAGGUGGAGGCACCACCUUGACGAAAACCCUUAAUCCAAACAAAGCAUUCCCAUCAUACGUGUAAUACAAGACACCCAUUUGCAUUCUCUCGCAUAGAUGUUUUAGUGGCGUGGCCCAAUGUACCCCUCGACUUGGCAGUUGUAACCUUAGAAAUUGAAGGCACCGUAUCAUGAACCACAUGUUUUUUAGAUGAAAAACGCCUUUGAGUGCAACCUUUGAAAGUGAUUGUGAUGGGAGAUGCGAAGUUGC